UUGCAGGGGUCUCGGGUCUGGCUGCGAGAAAAUAAUCAGCAUUAUCCCAGCACUGUUCAUUCCUGUGCAGAAGGAGUUGUCGUAUUCAGGACAGAUUAUGGUCAGGUAUUCACUUAUAAACAAAGCACGAUCACACACCAAAAAGUAACGCCUAUGCAUCAUACAAGUACAGAGAGUGUGGAAGACAUGGCAGCACUUGUAGAUCUCCAUGAAGGCUCCAUUAUGCACAACUUAUUCCAGCGAUAUCAGCAAGAUAAAAUCUAUACCUACAUUGGUUCGAUAGUUGCCUCCGUGAACCCCUACAAGAGCAUCCCGGGACUGUACGACUGCGCCGCCAUGGAGCGAUACAGCAAGCACCACAUGGGAGAGAUCGCGCCCCACAUCUUCGCCGUGGCCAACGAGUGCUACCGCUGCCUCUGGAAGCGCCACGACAACCAGUGUAUCCUCAUCAGUGGUGAAAGUGGUGCUGGUAAGACGGAGAGCACUAAGCUGAUUCUCAAGUUCUUGUCUGCAAUGAGCCAACAUUCACUGGAGAUGUCCUCCAGAGAGAAGAGCUCCUGUGUGGAGCAAGCUAUUCUUGAGAGCAGUCCAAUUAUGGAAGCUUUUGGCAAUGCAAAGACUGUUUACAACAACAACUCAAGUCGCUUUGGGAAGUUUAUUCAGCUGAACAUCUGUCAGAAAGGAAACAUUCAGGGAGGAAGAAUUAUGGAUUAUUUAUUGGAAAAAAAUCGUGUAGUAAGACAAAACCCUGGGGAAAGAAAUUAUCAUAUAUUCUAUGCUCUGCUGGCAGGGAUAGAAGAGAGAGAGAAAGAUGCUUUUUACUUAUCUGUACCUGAGAACUACCACUACCUGAACCAGUCUGGAUGUAUAGUGGAUAAGACAAUCAGUGACAAAGAUUCUUUCAAGGAAGUCAUUACUGCAAUGGAAGUGAUGGAGUUCAGCAGGGAGGAAGUACGAGAAGUUCUGAGACUUUUGGCUGGCAUCUUGCAUCUGGGAAAUGUUGAGUUCAUCACUGCUGGUGGGGCACAGGUGUCCUUUAAAACAGCCCUGGGUAGAUCUGCUGAGUUACUGGGCUUGGACUCCACACAGCUAACAGAAGCAUUGACUCAGAGGUCGAUGAUACUCAGGGGAGAAGAAAUCCUAACACCUCUUAGUAUACAACAGGCAAUAGACAGCAGAGAUUCUAUGGCAAUGGCACUUUAUUCUCAGUGUUUUGCAUGGGUCAUUAAGAAAAUCAAUAGCAGAAUCAGGAGCAAGGAAGACUUCAAGACUAUUGGAAUUUUGGACAUAUUUGGAUUUGAAAAUUUUGAGGUAAACCGUUUUGAGCAGUUUAAUAUUAACUAUGCAAAUGAAAAGCUUCAGGAGUAUUUCAACAAGCACAUCUUUUCCUUGGAGCAAUUGGAAUACAGCAGGGAAGGACUAAUUUGGGAGGACAUUGACUGGACAGACAAUGGAGAGUGCUUGGAUCUUAUUGAAAAGAAACUGGGACUAUUGGCACUCAUCAAUGAGGAGAGCCACUUUCCUCAAGCUACUGACUCCACUUUACUGGAGAAGUUGAAUGCCCAGCAUGCUAACAAUCCUUUUUAUGUAAAACCAAGGGUUGCUGUUCACAACUUUGGAGUGAAGCACUACGCUGGGGAGGUCCAGUAUGAUGUCAGGGGGAUCUUGGAGAAGAACAGAGAUACUUUUAGAGAUGAUCUCCUGAACUUGUUGCGUGAAAGCAGUCUUGAUUUCAUCUAUGACCUAUUUGAACAUGUUUCGAGUCGCAACAAUCAAGACACUCUGAAAUGUGGAAGCAAGCACAGAAAACCCACUGUCAGUCUCCAGUUCAAGGAAUCCCUUCAUUCUUUAAUGGCAACACUGAGUUCUUCAAACCCUUUCUUUGUUCGGUGCAUCAAACCCAACGUGCAGAAGAUGCCAGACCAGUUUGAUCAGACAGUGGUGCUUAACCAGCUGCGCUAUUCUGGGAUGUUGGAGACGGUCAGGAUUCGGAGGGCUGGUUUCCCCGUCCGGAGGCCCUUUCAAGACUUUUAUAAAAGGUAUAAAGUCCUCAUGAGAAACUUAACUCUCCCUGAAGAUUUAAAUGAGAAAUGUGCCGUCUUACUUCGUCUGUAUGACAACACAAGUACUGAAUGGCAGCUUGGAAAAAAUAAGGUGUUUCUCCGGGAGUCCUUAGAGCACAAGUUGGAGAAACAGCGAGAAGUGGAAGUCACCAAGGCAGCAAUGAUCAUCCGAGCGCACAUCUUAGGUUAUGCAGCCCGAAAGCGGUACAGGAAGGUUCUCUACUACGUGGUUGUGAUACAGAAGAACUACAGAGCAUUCAGCGGUAGGAAGAGGUUCCUGUGCCUGAAGAAAGCAGCCACAGUCCUUCAGAAGCAGCGGCGAGGCCAGCUUGCUCGGCGUCUUUACAAGGAACGACUGGAGGAGAAGCGAAAACAAGAGGAGGAAAGAAGAAAAGAGGAGGAAGAAAGGGAAAGACAAAGGCAAGAAGCAGAGCGUCUUGCCCAGCAGGCUGAAGAAGAGAGAAAGAAGCAGGAACUGGCUGCCAUUCAGAAAGCUCAGAAGGAGGCAGAGCUGAAGCAGGAGGUGGAGAAGCAGAAAGAAAGCAGGCAGGUGGAAGAAAUCCUGCGUCUGGAAAAAGAAAUCGAAGACCUGCAGCGCGUGAAGAAGCAGCAGGAGCUGUCCUUGACAGAGGCUUCAUUACAGAGGCUGCAGCAGCGUCGAGAUGAGGAGCUCCGGCGGCUUGAGGAUGAAGCCUGUCGAGCAGCCCAGGAGUUCCUGGAAUCUCUGAACUUCGAUGAGAUUGACGAAUGUGUCCGAAACAUUGAGAGGUCUCUCUCUGUGGGCAGUGGGUAUCCUGCUGAGCUGGCUGAACAGACUGGAAAUGCCUGCAGUGAAAAGCCCAAUUUUAACUUCAGCCAGCCAUAUCCUGAGGAGGAGGUAGAUGAGGGCUUUGAAGCCGAUGAUGAUGCAUUUAAAGAUUCACCCAACCCAAGUGAGCAUGGCCAUUCUGAUCAAAGGACCAGUGGCAUCAGAACAAGCGAUGAUUCCUCAGAAGAAGAUCCUUAUAUGAAUGAUACCGUGGUGCCAACAAUUCCUGCUGCCAGCGACACCAUGGUCUUACCUCCUGGCCAUGACACAGUGAGUCUCCACAACUCUUCGAGCGGCGAAUCCACGUACUGCAUGCCAGAAAACGUAUCCUGCAGACCCCCCGAUUCUGGGGAAGUCAUUUCUCCCGACGGAGACUAUGAUUACGACCAGGACGAUUAUGAAGAUGGUGCUAUCACCUCUGGCAGCAGUGUGACCUUCUCUAACUCACACAGUAGCCAGUGGUCACCAGACUACCGGUGCUCAGUGGGGACGUACAAUAGCUCUGGAGCAUACCGGUUCAGCUCUGAGGGAGCUCAGUCUUCUUUUGAAGACAGUGAAGAAGAUUUUGAUUCCAGGUUUGAUACGGAUGAUGAACUUUCCUACCGGAGGGAUUCAGUCUAUAGCUGUGUCAGCCUGCCCUACUUUCAUAGUUUUCUGUACAUGAAAGGUGGCUUAAUCAACACGUGGAAACGACGCUGGUGUGUCCUGAAAGAUGAGACCUUCCUGUGGUUUCGUUCUAAACAGGAAGCACUUAAGCAGGGUUGGCUUCACAAAAAGGGGGGUGGAUCAUCUACGCUUUCCAGAAGGAACUGGAAGAAAAGAUGGUUUGUUCUCAGACAGUCCAGGUUGAUGUACUUUGAAAAUGACAGUGAAGAAAAGCUGAAGGGUGCCAUGGAUGUCCGAACUGCCAAAGAGAUUGUUGAUAACACAGGCAAAGAAAAUGGUAUUGAUCUAAUAAUGAGUGAUAGAACCUACCACUUAAUUGCUGAAUCUCCUGAGGAUGCAAGCCAGUGGUUCAGUGUACUGAGUCAAGUCCAUGCAUCCACAGAGCAAGAGAUCCGGGAGAUGCAUGACGAGCAGGCAAAUCCACAGAAUGCUGUGGGAACACUCGAUGUAGGACUAAUUGAUUCUGUCUGUGCUGCUGACAAUCCGGACAGACCAAAUUCAUUUGUGAUCAUCACUGCUAAUCGUGUUCUUCACUGUAAUGCUGACACUCCUGAAGAGAUGCAUCACUGGAUAACCCUGCUCCAGAGGUCAAAGGGGGACACUAGAGUGGAGGGACAAGAAUUCAUUGUGAGGGGGUGGCUACACAAGGAAGUCAAGAACAACCCAAAGAUGUCCUCAUUAAAACUAAAGAAGCGUUGGUUUGUUUUGACGCACAAUUCUUUGGACUACUACAAGAGUUCAGAGAAAAAUGCUUUGAAAUUGGGUACACUGGUCCUGAACAGCCUCUGCUCAGUGGUCCCACCUGAUGAAAAAAUCUUCAAAGAGACGGGUUACUGGAAUGUGACCGUGUAUGGACGCAAGCACUGUUACCGUCUCUAUACGAAAUUGCUUAAUGAGGCAACCCGCUGGUCAAGUGCCAUCCAGAAUGUGAUUGACACAAAGGCACCCAUUGAUACUCCAACUCAGCAGCUUAUUCAGGAUAUUAAGGAAAACUGCCUAAAUGCUGAUGUCGUUGAACAGAUUUAUAAGAGGAAUCCUAUUCUCCGUUACACUCAUCAUCCAUUGCACUCACCUUUACUACCACUGCCAUAUGGGGACAUCAAUCUAAACUUGCUGAAAGACAAAGGCUACACAACUCUUCAGGAUGAAGCCAUCAAGAUAUUUAAUUCUUUACAGCAGCUGGAGUCUAUGUCUGAUCCCAUCCCUAUAAUCCAAGGUAUCCUCCAAACAGGACAUGAUUUACGACCUCUCCGAGAUGAGCUCUACUGUCAGCUCAUCAAGCAAACCAAUAAAGUGCCUAACCCUGGGAGCGUGGGGAACCUCUAUAGCUGGCAAAUACUUACCUGCAUGAGUUGCACAUUUCUGCCCAGUCGCAGCAUCCUCAAAUAUCUCAAGUUUCAUCUCAAAAGGGUUCGUGACCAGUUUCCAGGAACUGAAAUGGAGAAAUACGCACUUUUUACUUACGAAUCUCUGAGGAAAACCAAAUGCAGAGAGUUUGUGCCAUCACGAGAUGAAAUAGAAGCAUUGAUUGGCAGGCAGGAGAUGACAUCCACAGUUUAUUGCCAUGGUGGGGGCUCCUGUAAGAUUACAAUCAACUCACACACUACAGCUGGAGAGGUGGUUGAAAAGUUAAUUCGUGGCUUGGCCAUGGAGGAUAGCAGAAAUAUGUUUGCUUUGUUUGAGUACAAUGGAACUACUGAUAAAGCAAUUGAAAGCAGAACCAUUGUAGCUGAUGUCUUGGCAAAGUUUGAAAAGCUUGCUGCCACUGCUGAAGCUGGGGAGAUGCACUGGAAGUUCUACUUCAAGCUCUACUGCUUCCUGGACACCGAAAACGUCCCAAAAGACAGCGUGGAAUUUGCCUUUAUGUUUGAGCAGGCUCAUGAAGCAGUGAUUAAAGGACAUUAUCCUGCUCCUGAGGAAACCCUCCAGGUCCUUGCAGCUUUGCGUCUUCAGUACCUUCAGGGAGAUUACACUGUGCACACUACCAUACCAGAACUGGAGGAAGUCUAUCCUUUGCAAAAGCUGAAGUCUAGGAUUACACAGUCGACCAAAACAUUUACUGCAUCAGAGAAGGCCGAGAAGAAACGAGCCAGCUUUCUUGAAGGAACACUGCGGAGGAGUUUCCGCAGUGGCUCUGUCAGCAAACAGAAGGUUGAGGAGGAUCAGAUGUUAGACAUGUGGGUCAAAGAGGAAAUCUCAGCUUCCAGGACUAGUAUUAUUGACAAAUGGAAAAAACUUCAGAGGAUGAAUCAGGAGCAGGCCAUGGCAAAGUACAUGGCUUUGAUUAAGGAAUGGCCUGGCUAUGGUUCAACACUCUUUGAUGUUGAGUGUAAAGAAGGGGGAUUCCCACAGGAGUUGUGGCUCGGAGUCAGUGCUGAUGCAGUUUCUGUCUACAAGCGUGGGGAAGGCAGGCCUCUGGAGCUGUUCCAGUAUGAACAUAUCUUGUCAUUUGGUGCUCCGCUUGCCAACACCUACAAGAUCGUGGUGGAUGAAAGAGAACUGCUUUUUGAAACUAGCGAGGUGGUCGACAUUGCAAAGCUGAUGAAAGCGUACAUCAGCAUGAUCGUGAAAAAACGCUACAGCACCUCUCGAUCCGUGAGCAGUCAUGGAAGUCAGGGCAGCUCCAGGUGA